GCAAUAAACACCGUCAAACGUGUUUCUGGAGUCGGCCCAUCUUUUCUCCCCCCAUCCAUCGGCGCUCUAUAUCUCUCUCUCUUUCUCUCUAUCUAUCUAUCUAUCUAUCUCCAUGAAAGAAGCGCUAUGACAACAAGCAAGGAGACGAUUGCAUCGUCACUGCAGGCAGGGCUCGAGUGUUGCAUGUGCGGGGAUUAUGGCUUCUCCUACGAGCUUUUCCAAUGCAAAGUUUGCCAAUUCAGAUCGCAGCACAGGUACUGUAGCAAUCUCUAUCCAAGGGCAGAGACUUACCGGAUUUGCAAUUGGUGUCUGACUCAGAAGGACGACGCCAAAGAAAAGUCACAAAAUUCUUCCAAUUCUUCAUCAUCCAACAAGAACCCAGCAGAAGACGACACCAACAACAACAUAAGGAACCGUAAAAACGGCGAUCUUGGGAAUCUAAAGGGUCAAAGAGGCACUACUCUGCAGUUGAAACUCAAUGGCCCCAUCAAGAAACAGAGAUCGCCGGAUGGAUCGCCAUCGCCAUCGCCAUCGCCAUCGCCGUCGCCGUCGGCCCGAAAGAGGAUCCUCACGAAUGCUCGAAUGGAGGAGAAGCUCAGGCGAACAAGGUCAGAGGAGAUAUCAAACAGAAUUGGAGCGGCGAGGCCGUUGUUCAGGAAUAAGGCCAGAAGUAUAAUGUACAGUACAGAAAACCCAGAUGAGUAUAUCGCUCAUAUCAUAUGGUUUUAUAAUUUGCUGCAAAAAUCUUGGAUUAUUACCGAAUAAAAUACCAAUAAUCAGUACU